UUUCAAACAAUCAAUAGACCCUUAUAAGGCUGAACAACAACGCUGAAUAUUGAAGGACCCAGUCCGAUUAGUUUCCAUAUCAAAAGCUUACAUCUUAUUGUUCGUUUUUUUUUUCUGUGACCUCGGGGGCGAAUUGAUGACUAUUCGUAGACCCGGAUCACGAUACUGUGUAACACUCGUCUUUCAAAGCGUUAUACUUUUGUAAUCAGAAAGAACAGUUUUCAACGAACGCCAUCUUGAUUUGCACCUAGAUUUUCCACGGUAUAUGUUUAAUAGAAUAUAAAUAUUGAAUAUAAUAUCACAUUGAAGCAUGAAAUUGGGGCUUUGCUUUCUGCUUUUCGUAGGAGUUCAACAAGUGGUCUUUGCUAUCGAGCUUAAAUUAGCCACCGUGCUCGGAGAUCGAACUGGUGCCGACGAUGGAGAAUAUUCCCAAAUCCUCCGUGACGCCUUAGAACAUGUUUCUGACGAUUCGGAUUUUCUCGGAAUUCACCGGAUUCGUCUUGAACUACUGGGGGAAACAUUCAACUCAUUUUGGCAAUCUAUGGUUUACGUUUGUUCCGAAACAGUCGUAGGCCGGAGUGUAACAGCAUUAGUCCUUCCUGAAGAUGUCUGCGAUGACUGCGACGACCUGUCUGCAACCAUUAGCUAUGCAACUGAUCCAAUCAUAAACCUCGACCCAGGUAGUCUGGAAUCACCAGCUAUUCAGAUGUACCCAUCGCCCGAAGAUGUGAAUUCGUUACUUAAAGACAUGUUACAGUAUUAUAAGUGGGUUGAUUUCACAUUGCUCUACGACAAUGGUAAAUUGGUUGAAAAUUUGUCGCCAUUGCUGUCGGAGGCAAAGGACUACGGUUGGAAUAUUCGUUUGUUGCCACUGUCAGACGACUUCAAAGAGACUGCAGAUGCCAUCAAAUACGACAGGUUACAGGAUGUUAACAAUAUAAUCCUAUACACAUUCACAGAAGAAGUAGCACUUGACGUCAUUAAAAAGGGCAUAACUCAUGGUAUCGUCAGCAAAGGAUUCCAUUGGAUGAUAGCUAACAUUGAUUUGUUCCUGGAACGUGGUUUCAUAGAAGAGCUCCGUUACACAGAUGCAUUCAUCACGCGGUUUAACAUGAAUGAAACGGACGGAAGUUUAUCCACAACUACGACUCGGCAGCGCACAAAAUACGAGUUCCGUCAGAGAUUGGCUUUUGACUCGGCUCUCGCCACCGGUCACGCCCUUAGGCUUUACAGGAUGGACAAUGAACGCGCCGAUGGUACCAACCCAUUUGAAGUUGAUAACGAAAUCGUUGUGAACAUGCCCCGUUGUAGCGUAGAACCUCAAUCAUCAGCGCUUAAACCGUACUUUAGUAAAAUCGAUUUCAAAGGCAUGUCAGGGCGCGUGGCGUUCAAUGAGGAUGGACAUCGUGUGAACUAUCGGAUUUCGGUCACAAGCGGUAUCGGAGACACUCUACAUUUCUGGCGAGGCGAGUGGAUUCAAAAUCCCAGUUACGACCCGUACGGCGUCGUCAGCCAAUCAAAUGAAAAUUCUGAUCAAAGGCUCAGAAUGAAUCCCUAUUUCCAGGCUGAGGAUGAUCACCUCGUUAUUUCCAUGGUAGAGGUUGCUCCGUACGUAAUGACCAGGGGUAAAGUAGAAUAUUUGUCGGAUGACGAGAAGGGCGCGUACGAUGAUACUGUUAUCACACAGCAAUAUUCUGGUAAUGAACGUUAUGAGGGAUUCCUUCCGGAGCUUAUGAAAUACAUACAAGACAUACUACAAAAAUCGUUGCAUGUCAAUAUCGAUUAUCGCCUGCAAGUUUUUGGAGACGCAGAGCGAAACUACGGGACAAAGGACAUUGUGACCGGAGAAUGGAAUGGUAUGCUAAAAGAAGUUUUAGAAGGGGAGGCAGAUGUAGCAGCGGGGCCACUAGUUAAGACGGCUGAACGAGAGGCCGACAUUGAUUUCACAAUACCAUUUCUUAGAGGAAGGAUCCAUCUAUUAGUGAAGCAUCCAAAUCAUAUCCAUGACUAUGCGUUCAACGUUAUGUAUCCUCUUGGUGUCGAGGUGUGGUUUAUUGCACUCGUUGUUAUGUUUUUUGUCGCUGCACUGCUUUUCGCUUAUAAUCAUUACAAUCCAAAUGAGUGGAGAUCAAUUGUGGAACGAGAUAGUAAUUUGUAUGAAGGUGACGCAGAGAUGUACAAGGUCAACGCCGAUAACUUCAACAUCCGUAACUCCAUCUGGUUUGCCGUCACCACAAUUUUCCUGCAGAGCUACGACGCCUCACCGAGAUCUCAUGCCGGACGCAUUCUCGCAGCAUUUUGGUGGUUUUUCGCACUCAUUACCGUUUUCCUCUACGGUAUGCACCUUUCGUCGUUUCUGAUGUUCAACAAACAAUUCGCACAUGUGCGAACUGUUCAUGAGCUCCUUCAGAAAGUUGAAAUUGACGUUGGUCUGGUACAAGACGCACCGGUGUACUCGUACCUAAAGGCAUCGAGUUCCUCGUCAAACAAAGCACUUUUUAACCUCAUUGCAACAACCCAGCCUAGCCCUAUGGUUCGAAAUAUCCAAGAUGGAGUUGAACGUGUCCGUCAGUUGGAUGGUGAGUACAGCAUAGUCGAAGAUUAUAACAUACUGAAUUUUUUUACACGAAACAAGCCAUGUGAUGUGUUCAUCGGCGAGCAAUCCUUGGACAGAUUUGCCUACGCCAUGGCUACAAAGAGUGGCUCCCCUGUGCGAGAUCAGUUUACUUAUGCUAUUGAGAAACUAUCAUCAAACGGAACAAUUGAGAAGUUGGAGAAGAAAUGGUUGGAAAAGGAAGGGAAAUGUAGCGGUGUUUCUUUCUGGGAGAAGGAAGGUCUUUGGUCACUCACCCUUGUCGACUUGCAGGGCGCUUACUAUCUUCUUCUAAUCGGUAUUGGUUGUACAUUGACGAUGCUGUUCUUGGAUCUGGUAGCAUACCUGCUAUGCCCCACUAUGUUCCAGACGACACUGAGAGAAAGGGAUGACGACAAUCAGCGAGUACCUCAAUACGAACAAUACAGAGAUAAUGGAGCAGCAGCCCAGAGGUCAUCUGAUUUUCUUUAAUCCAACCAUGGAUAUUUUGAAAUUGUGUUACUAACAUUGUGGAUAUUUAUUAUUCAUUACAUAUCCAAGAUAAUCAAGAUUCUUUUUUAGUUCAUUUAGACAAUACAUGGCGAUAGAAUAUUCAUUUCAUGGUUAAAUACAUCUAAAACACAGAAAUCAAAUGGCGGGCUUACAUUGAAUUGUAAAACACGCUUGAAAAUAUCAUUAAAAAAAUAUCAACCAAUACAUUACACAAUAGUUGAAAUAUUUCAUCUCUUUUCGUUUAUUGCAUCCGAUAUCUAAUUAAUAUCCCAGCUAACAAUUUGACUAAAGGUUGGCGUGACAUACGUAUAUUGUGUAGAACCAUCGAUACGUGUUUAUAACGUAUUUACAACUAAUUUUGCUACGUCGUAUUCUAAUAUAACAUUCGCGAAUACGUUUAGUGUUUACUGGGAUAAAUUUCUAAUGAGUUUCUGUUAGCCUUAACUGCAGUAUUUCCCUUAUAUCCAGAAACGGAAUUGUGAUUCUCUGGAUCACUUACUUUAUUCAAUACGAACAACG